AUCAUUCUAUUUCUGCUCUGUACUUUUUUUGCGUCUUAUUUUUCUUUUCCUUUUCGUGUGCUAUAUGUACUGUUUAAUCCAACUCCACGUUACAAAUGUUUGCAAAAUCUAUUGAGGAUCAUAUGACCACAUUUUGUAAUAUGUUUAAAGAACAUUAUAUUCGUUUUGAAUGCAAUCUGACUUUUAAAAGAAAGUUUGCCUGGAUGGACGUUGGAAGAAUAUAAUAAGCUUCUUGUUGAAGAGUUUAUAAACGUUUUUAGCGUCCUACUGUUAUAAGUAUAUAAUUGUGAAUUGCCUAUAGAGCUUAAAACUUAUAAAAGAUGUUUUAGAUCGAUCUUUUAUGUAAGAAUCCUUGAUUAUGGGGAAAAGUAUAAGUCUAAGUUAAUACGUUUAUUAGAAAUAGACUUCUUACUGAAUAACUCUGUUUAAAUACCCGAGUAUUGCAUAAACUAUAUGAUAUGUAGAAAAGAUGAAUUAUGAAUUAAAACGGUCCUAAACUUAUAGAUAGACAUAUUUUAUUACCUGCCAAGUUUUAUUUGCUAAUGAGAUACAUUGAUGAACUUAAACGUACAGUAUGUCUGAUGAACUGUGACCAUGAUUUCUAACUGAUCGGUUUAAUAUAAAAUGUGUUUAAUUUGAUGAACAUCGAGAUAUUAUCUGACGUAAUAAGAGGGAGGAAACAACGAUGUUAUGUUAUGAUAAGACACCACGUUAUUCAUGAUACCUUUAUAAGAGGACAUAAAAGAGAAACAAUCAAGGACGGUUCACAUCUGAUAUUAAAUGAUGUAUAUACAUACACUUCAGGCUUAUUUUCACUACCAUCUUUUUGCAUCAUUAUUGUUAUUAUUAGUAUAUGAAUAUCAUCGACGCAUAUAUACAUGUCUAACAAACACACUGCAUGAAAAUAUUUGAAUUAUACAUCAGAAUUGAAAUCGAUGAUGACGAUGGUGAAUAUUAGCACGUUCUCUCUCAAUAUGUUUUGUAAACUUUUUAUUAAUAAAAACGUUUGAUAUCUUUUCUUCUGUUAUCAUUAUUUUAGGCUUUUCUCAAUGCCCAUAAACAAGCUCCUGCGGGUGUUAUGGGUAAUUUAUACAGUAAAGCAAAACGUGCAAUAGUAAUGAGAACAAUUGGGCAAAAAACUCACAAACAAAACAUAUUACCGAUUCGAAUUAAUGAAUUGGAUGCAAAAAUUGAAAAUCGAGCAACAACAUUAGAUGAAAAAUCACCGGCUGUUCUCAAAUAUAGAACACCACAUUUCAGGGCUACAGCUACCGUUAAAUUUCCAGCAUUAGAAUCCGGUGAACAUUGGAAAAUUGGAU